UUUUUCUUUUAACCCUCAUCCUAGUUUAGUCCGUGGGCAGGACUCGCAUAAUAAUAUUUCCAGUCUCAGCAACUCGCAUCACAGACACGAACUCAGGACCGCCCCCCCCCUUUUUUUUCCUCCCAAUCUCCCAAAUCGUUUUAUUAUUAUUUUUUAAGUGAUCGCUCCUUUUGCGCGCUGCUCCUGCUGCUGCCGAAAUCCCCAUCUUCCCAGGGUGCAUGCUUUUGGCAAGAUUGUGCAGUGUUCUCAGUCCAUUUUCAGUGUGUCUUAUCUUAAUUUGUCCUGAUCCGAUCUAAGCGCGAUAGCCACCACUUGCUUUCAAUUUGUAGGAUUUUUCCCCCCUUCUUGGUUUGCUCCCGACUACCCUCGGAGUAUUUCCCUCUCUCCUAUUUCCAGGGUUGCAACUUACUCUGCCUUUUCUUCUUUUUUUUUCCUCCCCUCUUUUGAAUUGCUUCAUGUUACUAAUCAUUCCUAAAUUGUAAGAGAGAUUAAUUCCCCCUCCUCUUCCACCACCACCAGCACCACUACCACCAUCACCUCCUCCUCCUCCUCCUUCUCCCCUUCUCUUCUCCUUUUUGGCAGCACCAGGACGUCCGGUGUGGUGGUGGCAGCGAGCAGCAAAAGCAGCAAGAGCUCGUUUUGAUUCCUCCCCUUCCAAGGUGCUUUGGAGAGACUGGUUUCAGGCUGAGCAGCAGAAAUCACGAUGAGUGCACAAGGUGAGGGACCCGGUCAGCCUUCCACUGCUGCCCAGGAUCAACCUGCAACCGCAGAGCUUCAGAAGAGAGGACGAGGCAGACCCAGGAAACAAACAGAAGAACCAACUGGUGAACCAUCUCCUAAAAGACCAAGAGGAAGACCCAAAGGAAGCAAAAAUAAGAGUCCCUCUAAAGCAGCUCAGAAGGGAGCAGAAGCCGCUGGUGAAAAGCGACCCAGAGGCCGACCCAGAAAAUGGCCUCAACAAGUGGUUCAAAAGAAGCCUGGUCAGGAAGAGACUGAAGAAACGUCCUCACAAGAGUCUGCAGAGGAAGACUAGGACACCGCACCAUGCAAUUUCUACCUCAUCAGCAGUCUUUUGAAGGGAGAAGACACUGCCUUGACCACUUACUUUCUGUUGCCAUGAUCUUUCCACUUUUGCCUGAAAGGGGGGGCGGGGGGGAAGCGAGGGGAAUCACAUAACCUUAAAAAGGAUUUGACUAAUCAUCUUUGUAAUCCCUUCACAGUCCCAGGUUUAGUGAAAAACUGCUGUAACAGAAAGGGGACACAGAUUAACGAUGCAACUUUUAAUUACUGUUUUCUUUUUUCCUAUUAAUAGUUUGUUUGAGUUGCUAAGUAAGGGUGAAUGGGUCCAGAAG